GCGAGCUGUAGAAGAAGAAACGAAUCUUGCUGUGGUGCCUACUGACGACACUGCGAUCCUGAAGAACUAUUUCUUCAGCGCCACGAUACAGUAAAAAACCACGUCGCCAACCCAUCAAUCGUCAAGUGCGGUCUCCACAAUAUGGAGAGCGGCACGGUGAACGAAGGCGAGACGACGCAUACGACUCAAUCCUCAGCCUGGCAAAGUGCGGCUGACUACCAAUCGAGCAGCGCGAGCACCAGGCAGAGCCAUCCCUCGGAGACCCAGCUGCAUGCGAGCGGUGCCGACGACGUCGCCCUGAACAUUCGCCGCAUGGCCGGGACGCUUCCGGACCUCGUCCGCGUCGCUCAGGAGAGACUCGAGGCACAAAGGGAGGUUGAAGCUGCCAACAUACUCUACUUCGGCUGUGGCUUCUGCUUCCUCAUGACCUUGUCCGCCGCACUUCUGCUAUAUGCGGUCGCCAGAGAAGUGUGGAGACCGACGAUGGGCAAGACGGAGAUGGACAGCGUGCCGACAAGGACAACGCCGUCAGCAGCAGAAUCUUCGGCCACCGGUGGCACGGGUGCUUCUGGGACGGCAGUGUCAGCCGAUGCUACCACGUAGGCAGCGCCGAGCACAUUCGUCGCCAUCCGAGGCUGUGUUCACAUUUCACAUGUGAACACAGUCACAUAUAGUCACAUUUCACAUUGAACGGCCGACGCCGUAAUUUCAACAGCAGAAACUAGAGUAACGAUUGAGAAAUACGUUGUUAAGCUAAUAAACACAAUAAUUGGAA